AAAGAAGUAGCCGAAGACAGAUACAAUGGCGGCGCGCAUGAUGCCUUUCUCGAUUCGCUCGAUUCUGUAGGCUGCUUGACAGCGGUCGCGUUGUUACUGUUUAAAGUGUGAAUCGAAAUACCCCGUUCAUGGCGCGAUCUAUGCAUAGCUGAGACUGGAAUCGAAAGAGAGAUAGGUAACAUUUUUCGGAUUCAUGCCGGCGAGAAUCUUCCGAAAGCCGGCGAAGGCCGGCUGGGCUGUUCGCCGGUGGUGGAACUUAAAACGGCUGUUUGCGACCACAACCGGCGAGCCUGCGUCCACUACCGACCAGAGCGACGCUCGGAAGAUUCGCAACAUCGGGAUCGUGGCGCACGUCGACGCCGGCAAGACGACUGUCACGGAGCGGAUCCUGUUCUACAGUGGCCUGACCCGGUCCAUGGGCGAAGUUCACGACGGAGACACCGUGACGGACUGCUUGCCGCAGGAGCGGGAGCGUGGCAUCAGCAUCACGGCGGCGACGGUGACGUUCCCGUGGCGCGGGCACAGGAUCAACCUGGUCGACACCCCGGGGCACGUGGACUUCAGCGUCGAGGUCGAACGUUCCUUGAGGGUUCUUGACGGUGCAAUCACGGUGCUGGAUGGUUCGGAGGGCGUCCAGGCGCAGACGCUGUCCGUCUGGGAGCAGGCCCACCGCCACAGCCUGCCCCGACUCGUCUUUGUCAACAAGAUGGACAAGUCUGCGGCGGACUUUGACGCCUGCGUGGCAGACAUCCGCUCCAAGCUCUCCUCCUUACCCCUCGUUCUCCAGCUUCCAGUAAGAGCAGACGACAAGUUCGCAGGGGUCGUCGACCUCGCCUCGCUCGAAAUCCUCGUCUGGCCGUCCGACUCUCAACGCGGCCGCAUCUUCAGCCGCUCUCCCAUCGCGCAUGGGACAAACCUGCACGCGAAAGCGCUUCGUCACCGGCAAGUCCUAGCCGAAGCCAUAGCCGAAGCCGACGACCUUUUUGCAGACGAGUUCCUUUUGAGGGACAAGUCUCCAACAGGUCCGGAACUGCUGUCGGCGGUGAGGAGGGCUACGGUGGCAGGCGUGGCCGUUCCGGUGCUCUGCGGAAGUGCCUACAAGAACACGGCAGUGCAGCCGCUGCUCGAUGCCGUGGUGGACUUCUUGCCUGGGCCUCUGGUUGCGGAUGACCGGAAGGAUCGGCUGGCAGCACUCGCGUUCAAGGUGGUCCAUACUAAGUUCAAGGGCCCGCUGACGUUUGUGCGCCUGUACUCUGGACGCCUGACGUCGGGCCAGCGUCUGUACAACGCCACUCGCGACAUAUCCGAGAAGGCAGGCGAACUGGUCGAAGUGACGGCGGACGAAUACCGCACGGUCAAGGAGGCUGGCGCGGGCGACGUGCUGGCCGUGGCUGGACUGCAGCACAGCGUUACGGGGGACCUCCUGGUGAACAGCGCCUCUUCGGCCGCCGCUGCGCUGGCUGGUCCGGCCGGAAGACGUGCAGCCAUGCAGGUUCCCGAGCCCGUGGUGCUCUGCAGCGUGGAAGCUCCUUCGAUGCGGCUUCAGGGGGCCAUGGAGAGUGCUCUCGCUUGCCUGUCCCGAGAGGACCCGGCUCUCAAGGUUACCCACUGCUCUGACACGGCACAGAUGGUACUGGGCGGCCUCGGGCGGCUGCAUCUGGAGAUCACGCGGGACCGCAUCCUACGUGAGUACGGCGUUGAAGCGAGCCUGGGGCCACUGCAGGUGGCCUACCGUGAAGCUCCCACCAAUCAGAGCACGGUGCCUGUUCGCCACGUUUUGGACCGUACUACCGGAGGAACAAAACACCACGUUGAACUGGAAAUGCGACUGGUGCUGGCCGACGGUCCCUUUCGGCAGCUGCGGGUGUUGGCAACCGAGGAGAACGGACUGGCACGACUCUGGCAGCAGCACCUCAAGGCCCUCGAAGAUGGCGCCGCCCUGGCGUUGGCACACGGUCCCCUGCACGGCUUUCCCGUGGUGAACGCCGGGGUGGAGCUCAACUGGUGCAAGGUGUCGCGCGGCACAUCCGUUGCCAUGGUGACGGCCGCCGCCUCUCAGUGUCUUGCCAGAGCACUCAAGGAAGCUGCCGUGGUCCUACUGGAACCGGUCAUGCACGUCGAGGUGUGCACUCCGGAAAGCUAUCUGGGGCGUGUGCUGAACGACCUCUCCCGGCGACGGGCAGCUAUUGGAGAGGUGCAACAGCGGCGAGACGUGCGUGUUGUCUCUGCGAAGGCACCCCUUGCAGAGCUGGACAAUUACGCGGACGAGCUCCGAACAUUGUCCUCCGGGCGCGCCAGCUUCCACAUGGCACUGGAGGAGUACCGACCAAUGGGCACGCAGGACACGGCACGUGCGCUUCGCCGGCUGGCCGGCCUGGCAGACGACACCUAGCAGACAAGUGGCAGAAGUUAACUAGUAGGGGACAGCUUAUAGAUAAUAUCUGGAACGCAACUAGCAUGACCACAUAGAGCGGACGGUACCUAGUGGGCGACACACCCAGCACCUGGCAGGAACUUCUGCAAGAAAUCUGUUGAGGAACUCCAGCAGAUGCAACUAGUGGUUAUCACCUACCAGACAUGCAGGGGACAGAUUGCAGGUGCAGCAGACAAGUGGCGGCAGACCCUUGCCUGUGGCAUCCUUAACUUUGCAACGCUUGAGCAAUGUGACCAACCUGUUUCAGAGGAUUGUUUUUUCUAGAACUGAUAAUGCUGAUUCCGUUCCUUUGAAGAGCUGCAUCAUUGUGCACAAUAAUCCUCCAAGACCUGUCGGAGAGUGAAGUCUUGGGGGCUUGACACCUGGUGGUCUUAACGGUGAAUAAAUGGUGUCCGAGGCACCUUUCUCUGUGGGAUUUUA